AUGACUACCCUGCCACAAGCAAAUGCCAAAUUUGCCCUUGAUUUUUUCCGUAAGCUGAGCGCGGAGCAUCCAUCUGAUAACAUCCUGUUCUGUCCUGUGAAUCUCACGGCUGCUUUGGGCCUGCUUCUUCAAGGAUCUGCAAAUGAUACUGCAGCCGAGCUUGAAAAGGUACUCCACUGGGAUGAACUGAAGGAGGAUGAGAAAAUCGAAAACAGACGAUAUUUGGUAACCCGGAUAAGACCAACUGCUUCACAUGCAAAGUGUGUUCCAGAACAUACAUGUGAAAAUCCUGAAGAAGUCCAUUUGGCUUUCAGCAAAAUCCUUGAAGAACUUAACAAACCCAGCACCGAUUAUUUCUUGAGUUUUGCCGACAAGCUGUUUGGAGACCAAACCAUCACCUUCAACCAGAAAUUCCUUUUGUGUGCUCUGAAACUAUACAUGACUGAAAUUAGCAGAGCUGAUUUCCAAAAUGCCCCUGAAGAAAUGAGGAAACUGAUAAAUCUGUGGGUUGAAGUCCGGUCACAUGGUGAAAUUAAGGAUCUUCUCCCUGAGAACACCUUGGAUAAUCUGACCCAGCUGUUGAUGGUGAAUACCAUCUACUUCAAAGGACUAUGGGAAAUUCAGUUUAACAAAGAACUCACGGAAGAAGCUCCAUUUUACGCAAACGAGAAAACCUCUCAUACUGUGCCUCUGAUGCACACUAGGGGUACCUACAAUACAGGGAUAGUUCAUCUAUCUAAUGUUGAGGUACAAGUUCUGGAGAUUCCUUACAAAAACCAUGAGAUGAGCAUGUUCAUACUGCUACCAAAAGAUGAAAGUUCUGAAUCCCUUCUACAGCUGGAAGAUGCACUGACCCAUGUUGAGUUGCUUGACUGGUCCCCUCAUCUGAAGCCUGAGGAUGUGGAAGUAGCCAUUCCCAAAAUCAGUAUGGAAAAGACAGCUGAAGCUGACAAGUACUUAAAUCUGUCACAAAUAAACGAUGCUGAGAAAGCUGAUUUCUCCAGAGCCAUCACCGUUAAUGGGGUGGCUCUGUCUCAGCUUGUCCAUGAUGCCUUCUUUGAGGUUGAUGAAGAGGGUAAUAAAAAAGCCGCAACGAACGAGGCCCAGAAAUCUAAGGGUGGGCAUCGUGGCCCAAUGCCUUUUGUGGUUGACCAUCCUUUCCUUUUCUAUGUUCUUCACAAAUCUACCCAAAGCAUUAUUAUCUUUGGUAGAUUUUCUAAACCAGAGUAA